UUGGACGUGCUUUUAACGUGGUUGUCUCUCGAAAGAUCGUAUACACUCGUUUUUGUUAUGUCAAUGGAAGAAAUAUGUCGUUUGUGUGAUGAUCCAUUCUGCUGAGGAAUAUUCCGAUUCAGAAAAUUCUGCUGUUCCUGUAACGCUGAGCUGUGAUCGAGUUAUACCAUCGGAAGGACUCGUCCUACUUAGUUUUUUUACGCUCGUAUAACUAACAACCUUCAUUUUGGGAAGAGUUUACCUUCACAUCGACUAGUAAAAAGGAUUUUAAAGCUAGUAAAAAGACUGAGGAUUCCUUGGAAAGGAAACAGACGAAAGCUGUGUGUAAAUAGCAAAAUGGCAAAAACUGCAUCAUCGACUUGGGUCGUUAGUUUAACAACUCUGCUUUUGCUCGGAUAUGGAAUCUGUGAAAGUGAAGAAAACGAUUUCUCGCUGGGCUGUUUCAAACAGAACACGAGCGAAACUCAUUUCAAUAUUACAGCUGGAGACUAUGUCUACAGUGUGAACCUCACCGGCAAAAUCUGCGCCAAAGCUUGCUCCAACCUAAACAUCAGCGUCACGUUCGCUGCCGUUUCCGUAAAUGGUAUUUGUUUGUGCAGUCAAAAUGAAAAAAUUUCCAUGCCAUCCGUUUCAAAUUCGUCGUGUUUAUACCCGCAAAGUGAUGGUCUUUAUUACAGAGUCUAUAGCGUUGCAGUGCUACCAAUGCUCACUGUUCCCUCGUCUGUAGCGACUCUUAAGGAAUUCAACGUCACUUUCCCAGGUGCCACAAGUUGUUCGUAUACACUCGACUUCGAUGACGGGAUAAAGAAAAUCAUUUCUAAUAUCGACACAACAGUGAGUCACUACUACGCAAGCGCUGGAGAGUACCGGCUCGAACUGUCCUCGAGCCCGCAGUGCAUGCCUCAAGCGGUUAAGGCUACCGUUACGGCCACCUACGAAGGUUUUGCAAACGCUUCACUUGACUGUCCUGAUGUGGUUGAGCUGACUGAGAAAGCGUCAUGUAUGCUGAGUGUCCUCGCCGCUGGGACGAAUGUAAACAUUACUAAUACUACCAAUGCAACGCUGGCUGAUACCGUUGUUGAAACGAUUGGCCCUAAAAUACUCCAGGAAUCUGACACUGUCAGUGUUUUGUCUAAUGGUACCUACGUCAUGCCGCUGUCGUCAGCAAUCAACGAUGGGAGCCUUGUUGGUUUUCAAAUGGACCUCUUGACUUCUGAAGAUAUUACAGUCCAGAUUCUAUCACCCGUGUGUAGCUCCGGUCAAAAACCCUGCCGUGGAGGUUGCGUAUCCACGUCUGAUUCUUGUACUGGAGAAAAGACGAGCUAUGGCGAGAUAUUGUCAUUCUGUUCUUCCGCUACAAAUGUCUCGACUGAAAGCAAUCAUUUUACAACGUACCGUGUGAGUUCAGAAUUUGUUUUUAAAUCAACGGGAAGCCCUGGUUCAAAACUUAUGAAAAGUCCAUCCCCAGUCUCAAUAAAGCGAGGGGAUGUCCUUGCGUUUCAUAUCUCAACCGCAGCUAGGAUUCCACACAUUAAAACAAACUCCUCUUACGUGUUGACGUAUUGUGGUCAGAAGUUCUCGAAGGGCCAAACGAUAAACGUCUCAGAUGCUAAUCCGCAACAGAAUGUUGUGAUAUGGUUUCGCAUGCACCUGAGAUCAUCCGUGUCCUUGGAAAUCCCGAUUGACUUGAAGCUGCCCAGAGUGCAUUACGUGUACAAAGUUUCCAGCGCAUCAUCUUUGGCCUAUGAAAUAGUCAGAGCUACAGUCCUGGUUCAGGAGAGAAUAUCAGGUUUAAAAAUUCUAUCCCCCCGGAUUGGAAAAUACUAUGCGACGGGUGUGGAUAUCCUCUUUGAAUUCAACGUCACCAAUGGAACAAGUGUCGAGUACACAGUCAAGCCCGCAGAUGGAACUGCUGAUCUAAAUACAACCGCAAAUCAACUGAACCAUGUGUAUAGGAAUCCAGGAAACUACACGUUUAAUGUCACAGCAUCAAACCGUAUCAAUUCCGUGAACGCGAGUCAGACUGUAUCCAUAGCUGAGGACAUUAAAAAUCUCACGUUUAUCCGAGAUCCGAAGCUUCAUCCUGGUGAAGUUGGCAAGCCCUACCAAAUUUCGUUUUCCCUCCAAGCUGGGGACAAUCCCACGUUUUAUGUUGAAUAUGGAAACAAUGUGUCCAUGUUUUAUUCGUGUGAUGACGACUUCAACAAAACUAUUACAACUAAUAUCACUUAUACAGAAGUCGGUACAUACAACAUCACAGUGUCGGCAUUUGGUCUCGUCGAAGAUAGUAAGCUAACUAUAAGAUCAACUGUGGAAAUAAUGUCUCCCAUUCAAAACUUCUCUGUGAACAUCGCAACUGACGAAUUGAAUGUUGAGGUGAAAAAUGCAAGUUACUCUAUCGAGAAACACGAUGCCGGCAAAUCCAUAUAUUUCCAAGCCAAUAUCGGUUCUGGUUCGCCAGUUAGUUUUGUCUUUAUUAUAAUACAGCCUGAACCGAAGGGCAAGUUGACACAUAAUGAGUGGGACGAUAAACCGCUGGACAAUACGACAAAGAUCGUGCCUAAAGCCCUGGGACUUUGGAAAGUAAUCGUCGUCGCAAAGAAUGGAAUAAGCAAUAGGAACUGCACAAUUUCAAUCAAUGUCCAAAGUCUCUGUGUACCACAAGUUCAGAUUUAUGACAGCAGAACCAGGGAUCGACCAUUUAGAACAAGUCUUGGAUCCGAUAUCCGCGUAAACUCUAAAAUUGUCUGGUACAACGAGAGCUGUUCGUAUAAGAUUUCUUGUUUGUACAACUGGACUCUGUACUCAAAUCCAAACAAUUCAGUUUCUAAGCAAAAUAAAACGUUUUUCUCCGUCAAAGGAGGCAAACUUGCCCCAGGUACUUAUCGACUCGAAUUGGUCGCCGUUUGUAAUGGCACCCGGCAAUACAACAAGUCUUUUGAUAAGAGCUAUUUGAAGCUCGAGGCGAGUAAGCCAGUUGCUGUAAUUAGAGGUGGAUUGGAACGGGAUGUCGUUUUACCAACUGAUGGUAUUAUCUCGUUAGACGCAAGCGAAUCCUAUGAUCCCGACGUAAAAAACUUCAAUUCCACGGGUCUUUCAUUUUCUUGGGAAUGUUCGUUUAAUUGCCCAAAUGUGACAUUUGAACGGAGAAAUAGCUCAGUCGUGAGAAUUAAUGCGACGAGAUUGCCGGAAAAGACAAGUUUUGGGAUGAUGGUUACGGUGAAGACGAAAUUUAACAAAGCUAACGCAAACCAAACGAUUACAAUUGCGGACCGAAAUGCACCUACAACGGAGAUUAGAUGUCGAAUAAACUGUCUCAAACUUGUAAAUCCUGAAGAUCGUCUUUCCUUGGAAGGCCACUGUCUCUCUUGUAACCAUAGUAACGGUAACGGUAACGGUAACGUGACAUUCACGUGGACAUUGUAUCGAAGCGGUGCUAAUAUUUCUGUUGACACUACGACCGGUUUUAGCAAAGAAAAUAUCGUGUUGUCGCCUGGUGUAUUAAACAGGAGUGAAAAGUAUGAAUUACACCUGACGACUAAACGAAAUAACUUACAAUCCCGUUCCGUUUAUUCGUUUGAAACUGCCGGAGAACUCACUGGAGGAACAUGUCAUAUAUCACCAAAGAGUGGAACAGCAGCUUCGGAUGAAUUUGAUAUCUCGUGCUCUAAAUGGAAAGCCGAGAAAGCUCCGUUGGUUUACGAUAUUCAGUACAAGACUUCUGUGGAAACGGAUACGAACCUAAACACAGUUAAAAGUAAACAAUAUGAGUGGAUAUUAUGGUACCACGGUCAAGAGGGAAAAACGCCGGCCAGAAAAUUGCCCGCAGGCCCGGAAAAGAAUGGUUAUAAGAUUGAAAUCAUUAUUGAAAUCCGGGAUGGUUUCGGAAAUUUUGCCAAAGAAAAUUUAACAGUGGAGGUGAAGAAACAAGAGCUGGAUCGCGAUAAAUUACAAAAGGAUAUAAAGAAAUUGGAAAGUAUCGACGGUGCUGAGAAUCCUCAGGAACUGACACAAAGUGUGACACUGUUUGCACAAGUCUUGAACGAUGGGCAAAACAGCAGCAAAGACAGCGAAGAUACAUCGAAGACAAGUGAUAAAGAACUUCGACAUACUCUCGCUGAAAAACUAUCGAAAGUUGAAGCGAAUACUUUACCCCUGAUCCAGCAAACUUCGACGGCAGUAAAACUUAUUGCAUCUGAAAAAACUCAGGUCGUCCAAAAGACGCAGGUGAGUGCAGUCACAACUCUAGAGAAGAUGAGUGAAAGCCUACUAAAAAUUGCAUUCGACCCUGGAAGACGAACAGGACAAGAGAUCGAUAAGACAUCAGGAAGUAUCUUGUCAAGUUUGUCGAAGAUUAUGGACGCCUCCGUUUUUACUGGUCAAGAUACAAGCAAAAAAGAUGCGCCCGAAUUAGCGAAGAAGAAUCUAUAUGGCACGUUAUCCAAGCAAGGACAAGAACUAAGAAAGGUUGGCGUCAAUACUGAGGAUGUCAUAGAGGUUUGGGACAAAACGUUUGAAAAAGUGACGGCAGCAAUGUCGAAAGGCAAACUUAUUGGUGAGAAGCCAACCACUAUCAACACGUCAAACUUUGUUGUGGAGCUGAACAAGGUAGAUAAUAAACGUUUGAAUCAUGGGAAAAUUAAGGAAAGUGUUUCAAGCGAGACUGGUUCAAAGGCUGCCAUUUCGUUACCAAGUCUGAGUACGUUGGGUCUCUUGAAAGAAAACAAAGAAGGGCAAAUUUUCACCGAGAUGGUUUAUUUCAAUAAGAAUCCUUACACCUGGGAUAUCAAGACUUCUCAUUACAUCCAACCACGAGUAUUUACUUUCAAUUUUCGUGACGAAAAUGGCAAAAAAAUCACCGUAAAAGAUCUGAAAGUUAAUAUCAACAUCACUCUUUCAAACGAUGGCAGCGGUGUCGUAUACACUCCUCUAAAUCAAUCUAAGACCGACGAUAAAUUUUUCUGGUACGGUUUUUCUGUGAACGAGGAUCACUUCGAUGAACUGAUGAUGCUCAAGAUUAAAAAAACCGGUCAGGACCAGAAAAAGCGAAAACCUAAGUUUUAUGUGAAGUUUGGAGAAAAGGUUUCCCGAACGAAUUACGAUUAUCAACAUUCACUGAAAGGGGAUUGUGUUGGUUGCUCUGAUUACCCUAUAGAUAUUAAGGAGCAUGCGGAUGAUACUUUUGUAGUCUUCUUUCGAGACAAAGCGAAACUGAAGUCAGUCAAAGGUGUUGUAUCAGUUGGCUUGCUGGUGUGUUCGCAUUCAGAUGGGCAAAACUGCAAUCCAGAGGAUCAAGUCUACGAUGUUUUUGUCCAAAGUAUCUCUUGUCGCUAUUGGAAUCACACUGAAUGGCUCAAAGAUGGAUGCAAAGUUGGUCGUAAGUCGACACCACUGAACACCGUCUGUCAGUGCAAUCAUUUGACUGCAUUCAGUUCUUAUAUCGUGAGACCAAACCCUAUGACGAAGUUUUCGCUUGAAGAUUUCGAACAAGGAUAUGUUUGUUUUGUUGCUGUUGCGAUAAUGUUCAUUUUCUACAUCAUCGUCUUGAUUUGGGCGAGAAGAGCUGAUCGAUCUGACUGCGCUAAGGUCGGUGUGUGUGCAUUGUCGGAUAACGGAGCUCAGGACAGGUACCGAUAUGAGAUCGCUAUCUGGACAGGCAUGCGCAGAAACGCUGGGACUGGCUCCGAGGUAACUAUCAUCCUUUCUGGUGAAAAAAACGAUUCUGAAGCAAGAUCUCUAGUGAACCCACAGAAUCCGAGAUUUGUUCGUGGAAGUAUGGAGAAGUUUCUUCUCACCUCACCCAAGGAGAUCGGCAGUUUGUACUGUAUUCGUGUAUGGCACGACAAUAGCAAAGGAUCAUGGUACCUCAGCAGAGUGAUGGUCACAGAUCUUCAGAAAGAUGAAAGAUAUUAUUUCAUCUGUGAUCGUUGGCUUGCCGUCGACGAAGAUGAUGGUCAGGUUGAAAGAUUAUUGCCAGUUGCAAGUGACGAAGAGCUUGCUGAUUUUCAUCAUUUGUUUUACACAAAAACCAAACGUGGUCUCAGCGACACACAUCUUUGGAUCUCGGUUCUAAACCGUCCCCCACAAAGCACGUUCACGCGUGUUCAGAGACUCUCGUGCUGUCUGUGUAUAGUUAUGGCGACAAUGUGUGCCAAUGCCAUGUUCUACCAGGCAGCGAGUGAACCAACAGCAAGUUCGACCAAUUUCGUUGGUUCAUAUUCCUUCACUUGGCAGGAGGUGUACAUUGGCGUGAUAAGCUCUCUGAUCAUCGUUCCAGUCAAUGUUGUGAUUUUGCAUAUAUUCCGUAAUGCUCGUCCCAGGGCUGCUCGCAAGAGCCAGCGUCAAUCGAACUCCCUUUUGCCACGUUCAAGCUACGAUAACAUUCGCACUUCUCAAACGUCUCUUGAAACUCUCGAAGGAGCCCCUGGUAGACCCUCCAGAGAUAGUACCGCAGUCGAUACGCGUGAUAUUUACUCUCGAUUGUCUUCUGCUGAACUGAAGAAAAAACAGAAAGAGAAGCUGUCGCGUUGGGAAAGAUUCAAAAAAUGUAUUUUUCCCUCGAGUCUUCCUCAUUGGUUCGUUUACGUUGGUUGGGUCAUCCUUGUGCUAACAACGCUAGGCUCUGCUGCGGUAGUUAUUCUGUAUGGCAUGCAGUUUGGCAAUGGCCGUUCACUCCAAUGGCUUUUUUCGAUAGUCGUCAAUUGUGAAGACAUUUUGUCCCAGCCUUUAAAAGUGCUGCCGCGCGAGACUGAGAGAUCAUCAUUCUACCUUCAAAUUAGAUUACCAGUUCGACCGACAGAGGAGAUGUUGGCUGUCAUGCGGAAAGCAAGAGUAAAGGAGAGGAAAAUGUUCUUCCUAAUUCAAGAAAUCAUCGUUCAUUUGAUUUUCACAAUCAUUAAUGGAUGGUCACUUACGGUCAUAAGACACGAGAUCUGUGUACAUGUACAGACAUAUGAACCGGCUGAGUGCCAUGACAGACAAGUUGUCAAUUUGGAUAACUUUUCUCAUUUUUGGAACUGGUCGCGACAAGUUUUCAUCCCAAGUGCGCUCCCUGAGAAACUUUACAAUGGUCGAUAUGGCAACGUUAUGGUUCAUGGGACGAUGGGUCAACAACUGAUCUCGAAGGCAAGAAUGAGAGUACUGAGGGUGAAAAACGAAUCCUGCAAGAUUCCGGAACAAAUGAAAGGCGCUCUGGACUUUUCCCUCAAAGGUUACUCCAUUUUCAACGAAGACGAAAAGUGUUACGCUAGUCGUUGGAAAACUAACCUGAAAGGAGAGAAAGACUCCCCGUGGUGUUUUCAAGAUUGGCGAGAUCUUGAUGGUUACCCAACCUGGGGAAGGUUUAACACUUACAGCGGCAGCGGCUAUAUCAAUGAACUGGUUCCAGGAAAAGACAACAACAAGACUGCAAACGAACUGGAAGCAUUGCAAUGGCUUAAUCGACAAACCAGGGCACUGUUCGUAGAACUCACGACAUACAACGCUAAUAUCAAUCUCUACACAGCAGUAAGCCUUCUUUUUGAAUUCCCAGAAUUCGGCGGUAUUUCUUACUUCAAGAGUAUAAUGCCGAUGCGUCUCAAACUUUACGUUGGCGGUUUCGCAUUUUUCAUUUUUGCUUGUGAGAUGAUUUUUGCCCUAUUUAUUCUUGGCUAUACUUACAUUGCCGUCAAAAAGAUAUAUCACCAGGGAAUGGGUUAUUUCAAAGAGUUUUGGAACGCGUUGGAUUUUGCCAUUUUGUUGAGCUCCUACGCUGCGAUUGGCGUGUAUGUCUAUCGCAUUGACGUAACAACGAAAUUGAUGCAAAGGGUGAAAGAUCGUGAUGGAGAGUUUGUCAAUUUCCAAUACGUCUCCUAUUGGAAUGAGGUUUUGAAUUGCAUUAUGGCCUUGGUGGUUGCCUUGACAACCGUGAAGCUGACGAAACUGAUGCGUUUCAACCUUCGUAUCUCUUUGUUUGGUAAAACACUUCAACACGCAAAACCAGCGUUGAUCGGGUUCAGCUUUCAAUUCGGGAUUGUUUUUUUCGCCUUUAUAAUGUUCGGUGUCCUGGUGUUUGGCUACAACGUCUCGCAAUUCAAAACGAUUCCCUCAGCGAUGAUGGCACUAGGCCGAGUGAUACUGGGCAAGAGUCAGUUCACGGAGUUGUUCUUGGCAGAUCGUGUGAUUGGUCCAAUGUUCUUCCUCACGUACGUCAUGUUCGUCUGCUGGAUUCUUGUCACGAUGUUUGUGGCCAUACUCACAGACUCCUAUCACGAAGUUCAAGACAGAUGUUUUGGCAUGAGCAACGAUUAUGAAAUUGUUGAUUUCGUUCUUUCAAGACUCCGUUCUUGGGCUGGGUUUGGCAAAAAGAAAAAGUUGAUUCCUGCAGAGCAGAGAUGGCGAAAUGCUAAAAUCAAAGCAAAGGCGGCCGCAACGCUUGGUCGCCAACAAUUAUAUAAGCAAAGUGCAGAAGAUAUUGCUUAUGAGAAGACAGGCGAUCUUAUGGAAAAGUUGGAAGAUAGCGUCAGAUCUAUUGAGAAACGGGUCAAUCAUUUAGCCGUACGUUUUGAACUAGAAACUCUAGACUAGGUCUCAACAAUACAGACUCAAUUAUGCUACAUUAAUUAGGUGGGCAUUUAGAUGUUUUGAUCGAAUUCAAAACACAAAUAAAUCCAACUCGAUUGAAUCAUGCAUUUGUACGUGUUUGUCUCAGCUGACAAAAAGUGUCCGUCUUGUAGUUUGUAAAAACCUUA